GCUUCCUCUACUUUCCAGAAAACAUGAAUUAGGGAAUCCUGACAGGGAAAUAAUUUGACGUUGUCCUGCACAUACUGGGCACAAUAGGAGUUGGGUGGAUGAAUGAAAGCAGGGAUUUGGGAAGCAGGGGAGAAGUCCUUUGGAGGACUGUGACAAGGGUUUACGCUUAGAUAGGGUGGGCUUGAUCACCCGGCAGAAAUGAGACGAGUGAUCACAACCUCCCCCACCAAUCUUUCCAAUGACUUGGGUUUACGCUUCACCACAGAGAAGGAACUUUUCAGACGCUCCCUUGGCCGCGCAGCCGGGAUCGGAACAGCGCUGUCACUUGCGAUAAAAUCCCUGGGCCGAAGGAAGAAGGGCGCAGGCCCAGGCGAGGCGGCGGCGGUCGGAGGCCGGGCCGAGGGGUGGGGACAGCGAGGAAGCGGAGUCCGGCGCUCCGCUCCAGCUCGGUUUCAUGUCCCGCCAGGCGAAGGAUGACUUCCUGCGGCACUACACAGUGUCGGACCCCAGGACGCACCCCAAGGGCUACACCGAGUACAAAGUAACCGCGCAGGUGAGGUGGGACCCAACGACAGAAAUGGGUUUCCCCUUUAAGCGGCGGUUGCAGUACAAGGAAGCCCCUAUAUGUCACCACCACUCUCCCCUGUUCCUUGUCCUGGGGGCUGUAGGCCGAUUUGAAGCCUCAGUGAUCGAGGAGCGGCGAAAGGGGGCAGAGGACCUGCUUCGCUUCACCGUGCACAUACCUGCGCUCAACAACAGCCCCCAGCUCAAGGAGUUCUUCAGGGGUGGGGAGGUGACUCGACCCUCGGAGAUGUCCAGGGACCUGCACAUCCUGCCACCCCCUCUGAUCCCCACCCCGCCCCCUGAUGACCCCCGGCUACCCCAGCCGCUCCCUGCAGAAAGGAGGGGCCUUGAGGAAUUGGAGGUGCCAGUGGACCCCCCACCAUCCAGCCCUGCCCAGGAGGCCCUGGAUCUUCUCUUUAACUGUGAGAGCACCGAGGAAGCGUCUGGUUCCCCUGCCCGAGGCCCCCUCACCGAGGCUGAGCUGGCCCUCUUCGACCCCUUCUCCAAAGAAGGUAAUGAGCUGGGUCAGCCNUUGCCUGCCCGCCAGGAAGGUGUGAAGAAGAAGGCAGCUGAGUACCUGAAGCGGGCAGAGGAGAUCCUGCGCCUGCACCUGUCUCAACUCCCACCCUAACAGGGAGUGGGCCUUUCCCUGGGACUCUCGCUCCUGCACUGCCAGCCCCUUCUCCUCUCCCCAGGGCCUAGACCCACCUCCUGGUCUUGUAAUCGCAGGGGCCAUUUCUGUAGGUAACUGGACCAAGCAAGAGAAAAAUAAUGAAUUCUCAGUUCCCUGAUUACACUUGCCACCUUGGAAUCAAGGACUCACACUUCUGACCCUGCCUGUCUUUUUGUGUUUUUCUUGAGAUGGAGUCUCACUCAGUCGCCCAGGCUGGAGUGCAGUGGUGUGAUCGCGGCUCACUGCAACCUCCGCCUCCCAGGUUCAAACGAUUCUCCUGUCUCAGUCUCCCUAGUAGCUGGGAUUACAGGCACAUGCCACCAUAUCCAGCUAAUAUUUUGUAUUUUUAGCAGGGACGGGGUUACACCAUGUUGGCCAGGCUGGUCUCAAACUCCUGACCUCAAGUGAUCCACCCGCCUCAGCCUCCCAAAGUGCUGAGAUUACAGGCAUGAGUCACUAUGCCCGGCCCCUGCCUGUCUGUCUUGAUGUGUGAGCAGCAGCUGUGGUCAUUAAACCAUUAGUUUACCCCUCUAGAAGUGGGGUUUGCAAACUCCCACCUGCAGCCAAAUCUGGCCCACCCCCUUUUUAAUGUAAGGCCUGUGAGCUAGUGGUUUUUACAUUUUUUUAAUGAUUAAAAAAAUCAAAAUAAUAUUCUGUGACAGAAAGACAGAUGAAAUUUAUAUGUAACAGGUGAAAAUUAUAUGAAAUUUAAGAGUCUAUAAAUAAAAUUUGUUGGAACACAA